UUUAUUCUAAACCUUAGUUCUUCAAUCGCAUUCAACCGGCUAGUAAAAUGACUCAUAUCGCUCCUACGCGAGCAGUAAUUAUUACCAGGAUUGACAUGGCGAUGGGCGAUUCCAAAUGUAACAAACUCAAUCGACUCAGAAUCUCGGAGCUCUUUGAAUCAAGGAACGUAUUAUCUCCGUUGCUUUAAAUUAUGCAUAUCUAGUCGCUGAUGAUGACUGCUGCAUAGAUAUAUAACUGCUGUAGUGAGACAGACAUUCGUUCAGUGGUUCGGUGUUCAGAAUCUUUAUGAUGCUGUUUGUGCUGGCUUUAAAUGGUGCAUUUAAGCCGUAAUUUCGUACCUCAACUCUCACAUCAACCCACAACUUUUCACACAAGAACAUCUGGAGUUCCGCGGAGAGCUCAACAAUCAACUACCAUUUCAACCACUCAUCGGACUUUGUUAGAUAUGGCACAACGGAGGGAGACCAAAAAACACUGCCCAAUGACUAAUCCAUUCGUGACGAAAGAAUUUCCUUGAUGUUGAACAUGACUUUUGACCAGCGAGUGGGCUUCUUGUGGGAGCCGCAUGGAAAUGACCUAAGAAUGAGUAAUAUGAAACCUAAACCAAAAGCACGCAAGUUUUGAGUUGAUUUCAACUGACCUGUGCCAUACUAAAAGAAACCUCUAGAAUUUCAAAUACAACCUGACGAAGCCCGUCUAGCUAAAUUACCAACGGAAAUAAUCUGUCAAAUUAGGAGAGAACUAACCCGUUGGGCACACCAAAACAAAGUACCGCUGGCGUUGACUUGUCACCGCUUCUAUCUUCUGUUCUGCAAUGAUAUCUUGCGGGUACAUAUGAAGGAUCUUACCUGUCUUUGCACAGUUGAUGCUGGCCCGAUGCAGCGAGUUGGCAAUGAGGUCGCUAAUAGUGGGCUUGGCUGUCUAUAUUGACCACUUUGGCGCCUUCUAAAAGAUUGGAGCGGUCUUCAUGGAUAUCGAUACUGUUUUGGACGGCAUCUUAACUGCUGUUCGAUAAUAUCACAGCUAUUCAUAAGACAGUGGUCAAUCACAUUUGAUUCGCUGCGAGCCGAGGAAUAUUACACCUAGGCGGACCAUGGUUGCCUCAAACAAGGCUUCGAGUAGAG